AUGUCGGUGGUGGGUGGUGAGUUGGUGCGUCGUGGGUCGUGCAUAUGUUCGUGUGUUGUGGGAUUUGGGAUUUGGAGUCGGGUAUGGGCAGUGGCCGUGGCCGUGGGCGUGGCAUUUGCGCUCGUUUUAUACAUGGGAUGGAUUUCUGCCGGAUUACCUUCUUAG